UGCCACCAUCCCCCUCUAUCUUCCACGCAUUCAGUUCUCUCUCUUACCAUACCAAACAGCAAACCUAACUUUCUCUCUCUUUCGCAGACUACCAUGGUGGAUGAGUCCAGCAACAUAGAUAAGAGGAUAAACGUUAGCCAGGAGGCUGAGGUGAGGAAGGGGCCAUGGACUAUGGAAGAGGACCUCAUCCUCAUCAACUAUAUAGCCAACCAUGGUGAGGGAGUGUGGAAUAAUCUUGCUCGAUCUGCAGGUUUGAAAAGAACGGGGAAGAGUUGCAGGCUUCGAUGGCUAAACUAUCUCAGACCAGACGUGCGGAGAGGGAAUAUAACACCGGAGGAGCAGCUGCUGAUAAUGGAUCUGCAUGCCAGGUGGGGAAAUAGAUGGUCAAAAAUUGCGAGGCAGCUCCCCGGAAGAACUGAUAAUGAGAUCAAGAACUACUGGAGGACUAGAAUCCAGAAGAAGGUUAAGAAUGGCGAUGCUGCCGAUUACUCUAGCCAAAUGGCCAUUGAUGAGGCCAGCACAAGCCACACAAGCAGCAUUGAAGAAGGAAUGGCUCAAAAUAGCAAUUACCCCGUACAACCAAAUACCAAUCCUGAAGCUUAUCCUCCCUCAUACAACGCUGCUGAAUUGGGUGAAAACUUUUGGAGUAUGGAGGAUUUUUGGUCAAUCCAAUCGAACCAAUCUCUUAAUGGAGAUUAAUUAAAGUAAUAAAUAAGAAAUUGAUCGCUCUUAUAUGUAUGAGUUAUUGAUGAAGGAGACACCUGGCUUUAAUCAGCUUCAUAUAUUUGGUAUGUAUGUAUAUUUGUUUGAUUCUCCAGGUUAGUAAAGCGCUCGCACGCACUUGCAUUUGUUGAAAAGUGGCAAUUAUUACGGUUAAAUGCAAUAAAUCAAGUGGGAGGUAGCUUGCGCUUGAUUUGCUUAAGUAUUAUAUGUUGCAUCUGGAUUCUGGAGCUAUAGAUUUUAUAAGGCUCAAAUAACUUGUGUAAAUGCUGUCUGAAUUUUACCAGUAAUAUAUCAAGCCUUUUAACCAAUGC